UGGCUGGCCACUGUCUACAAAUCAAUUAUAUUGUACACUGAUAAUAACUGCAUGCAAAAUGCACCUACAGAACAUGGAUUCUUCAAACAGAGUGAUGGUGCACUUCGCAUUGCAGUGGACCAGGGGAAAAUGGAAGAAGUGGAACUUUGCUCCCACUUUGAAAGGAUGAACAGAGCUUCUUUGCAUCGUUCUUCUGCAGACAGGAAGGCAGCGUGCCAGACUCUGUUCAAGUGCCUGCGAUGCCAGGAUCAUGGGAAGCUCCCGAAUCCUGUCUCUCCGCAGCAAUUUGGGAAGCCUGUGUCGGGGUUGUGUUCCAAGGAAGCAUGGUGGGAUGGCCAGAGGGACACUGUGUUUGAUGUCCUGGGUAGCAUGUCCUGCACUGCCCCCAGCUCCUGGCCAGGGGCCCUCCUCACCACAGGGCCCAGUUGCCUGGGCUCCUUGGGAAUGGCGCCGGGAUCCUCCCUUCUCCCUGCCAGCCCGUGUCGGCUGCGUGAGGUGGCCCAGCCGCUGGGAGCAGGAGGCUGCACUGCCCACCAAGCCAGAAGGUCCAGGUGGGAGUGGAGAGUGUGUGGAGCAAGGGCACAUCCCAGGAGCACAGCCAGGGCUGGUAACAGCCAGGCCUUGCUCAUGAGUGAGCUAGACUGCUCACCUGGCAUGACGACCUACUUGCAAGGAGAAGUGAGGACUGUGUUGGCUCCCUGUGUGUUGUUAAUGUGGCAAACACCAGGGUCUGGUGGGUGCUAA